AUGAAAAAUAGUCAGAAACUUGGAGGCAUUAAAAAAUUGUAACAAAAUUCUAACCAUGAAGACUUAGUCGAUUAGGAGUAAAUAUGUCAAACGCUAAAGGAUGAAAUAAUUUAAAUCUUAAGAAUGGAUGAAGAUCAUAUAGCUGUCAUAGAUACGAUAAAUGCACUGCGAUCAGAGAAUUUUAUUGAAAGUCAUAAAGCAAUUAUUAAAUUAAGAAGAACUUUGUCUGUAUAAAUAUUUCAAUAAUAAAAAAAGAAUUUUGAUUAGGCAGAAUAGAUUGCUAAAGAAAAUGAGCUCAUACCUAUAUUAUUUCAUAUCAUCUAGUUUGGAAGCACAUAUUUAUUAAAAUUAGAAGCUGCAUGUUGUUUAUAUUUUUAUUAAUAUCUUAGAAAUCAUUUCAAUUUUAGCUGCUGGAAGAAGUGAAAUAACAAGAAUUAUUAUGCAAAAUGGAAUACUAUAAUUAUCUUUAACUGUAUUGGAUGGUAAUUAAAGCGAAUUGAUUAUGUUAAUCAUAACGAUAUUAGGUAAAUUGGCUGGUGAAUCUGUGAAAUAUCGAGAUUCUAUAUUGUAAGCCUGCAGUAUAGAAAAAAUAAUAAGCAAAAUGGAAUCCAAAUACAAAUCAAUUUACAUUUGGUGUUUGGCUAAUUUAUGUAUAGGUAGGCCAAGUCCUAAAUUUGAUAAGAUACAAUCAGCAUUUGAAAUAUUUGCAUAAGUGAUUAUGGAAGAGUUCAAUCAACAAAAUUUAAAAAUGAUUAAUGAUGCUAUAUGGGCGUUAGGAUAUAUGAUUGAUGGUGAACCAAAUAGAAUUGCUGCAUUAAUAAAUAGUGGAGUCGUACCUUAAUUAAUUAAUCUAUUACCUAUGGGGAAUUUUGUAUCAAUUCUUAGAAUUUUUGAAUGCAUAUUUUAUGGAACAGAAGAUUAAAUUAAUUAUUUAUUAGAAUGUGGAUUUAUUGCUCAUAUUAGAAUGAUUGUUGAUCCUAAAAGUAGAGAAAAAAGUGGAGAUAUGAUAUAAACAUUUGCAGCUACUGAAACGUUGUUUAAGGUUUUAUCAAAUUAAAACUUUUUGGUCUCUCUUUUUAGAUCAUUAUGUGAUGAUAAUUCAAAUUUAAGAGGUGAUGUAUUAGAAGUGAUUGGAAAUGCUAUAUAACAUGGGACUAAUGAGGAUAUUAAUCAUCUUGUAAAAAAUGGACUUAUUAAAUAUCUACUUAGAAUGUUUGAAAUUGCAAAUGAAAAAGAAAUUGCUUCAAAUCAUCUUAAAAAGGGACUCGAAAUGCUUAUUAAAAUUAUUAGAAAAGGAGAAAUCAAGGCUAAAGAUAACAAAUCUAAUUAGUUCUUUAUUAUUUUUGUGCAAUUAGAUGGAAUUAAUGUAAUUCAAAAACUACUAUCCUAUAAAUAAGAUGACGUUGCGAAAUAUGCUCUAAUAUUUAAAUAAGAAUUUGCCAUAUGA